CCUCAACGACCGUUGGGUCCCAUUGAUCUAACGCCACCCAAUCCCCCCCCCCUGUGGUGGAGAGGAGCCUGAUCUCCAUUGUCAAUCCCUCCACCGCCGCGGCCACCCUCCGCCUCCUCUAUGGCCUCACCCGCCACUACCUCCGCCGACGUUACAGGCCACGCCGCCGCGACUGGCGAGCUGCAUCAUCUCCAGACCCACUGGUGUCACGAAUGCGACAUGAGCGUCUUCCUCCUCCGCCCUCCCACUCCUUCCCCAGCGCGCUGCCCUCACUGCAGCUCCGACUUCCUCGUGCAAAUGGACUCUUUUGCCCCUCCUCCUCCUCCUCCUCCGCCGCACAACCUCAGCUCUAAUAGCCCUACUCUCGCUCCCUUAUUCGCGGAUCACAACGCGACUCUCAUCCCCUCCGACGAGAAUUUCCUCCUCGACAGCGUUUCUCUCAACCGCCUUAUCCGCCGUAUGGCCACCACCAACGAGGCAUUCACCACCGCAAGCCGCCACCACAACCCUACCUCAAGGUCCGCUAUACAAUCGCUCCAAGUCUUAGAAAUAGACUCUUCAAUUUUGGAAAGGGAUCCGAUUUUGCCCUGUCCCAUUUGCAAGGACCAGUUCCUGGUAGACAUGGAAGUUAAAUUGUUGCCGUGUAAGCACAUGUACCAUUCCGAUUGCAUUUUACCUUGGUUGGAGAUUAACAAUUCGUGCCCGGUCUGUCGGUUCCUGCUUCCGCCACGGCAAGAUGAGGACUGUGAGGAUGACAGUUUUCCUAGAGGGGAUAACUUCAUAGGAUCAAUGAGACUUGAAGAGCUGAUGGAUGAUGACGAAGAAGAGUUUUUUCGAUUUCAAAGCACUAUAAGGCGUAUUGUACAGAUGAGUGAGGUCUCCACAAUGAGUGGAGGGAGGGAUGAAGCUGUUGUACACAUUGAACGGAGGCAUCGUAGUAUGAUGGAGGGUGAUGGCACAAGUGAAGUCUUUCUGCUUUCUCCCACACAAUUUGGGGAAGCUGAUCUAGAGGUUGGAGUUGCUGGAAGGGCUGCCAGUGUGGAGACUGUUUCUAGUAUCCCGUGGUUCCCUGUGGAUAAUGCCUGUGCUGGGGAAGUUGGUGUUAGCAGUAAUAGUUUGGGUGAAGCAGAUGCUGCAGUGAGGUCAUGAAGUGAAGCCAGAAAGAUGAUGUGUUGAUGGCCUGCUAUAAGGAGUCAGUUUAUGAGAAGGAAUAAAACGGUCACCCUGCAGAACCUGUGGCGAUAUUGAUGAUUGUAAAGGUCACAGUGAAACAUAAUCUUCUGUUUGUGAGUGAACCCUUUGGUUUGCUUUGCUUUGCUUUGUGAGUUCUUUUAGGCUGUGUGUAUAAUAUGAUGUUGUGUUGUGAUGGCUUUGGUUGGAGUGGCUUAUGUAAUAAAAUGAACUCUUCUCAUGUUCUUGAAACCUCUUAAUGGUUCAGAUGUCUGAAUGGUUCAGCACUUAAUGGUUCAGACUGUUUGUUUCAGCCUCUUAAUGGUUCAGAUGUCUGAAUGGUUAAGAGAUUUGCUUCUGAAUGGUUAAGUAUUAUACAGAGUCUGAAUGAUUAAGACCUCUUAUCUGAAUUGAUCAGACAUUUGCCUCUGAAUAGUUAAGCAAUAUACUAGCUCUUAAUGGUUCAGACCUCUUACUGGUUCAGCACUUAAUGGUUCAGACCUCUUACUGGUUCAGCACUUACCCAUUCAGAAGUUGCCAAACAGCCCCAUAGACUUUGUUUGACAUUAAACGUCCGAGCUUAACAUUGGCAUUA